CCCUUCCAACGCUCAGUCCAAGAACUCAGUGAGCUUUCACUCUUCAGCACACUAGAACGACUCCUAUAUGUAUAUUGGAACACUCCUUACGGAUUCUAUUUUUUUAUUAUUGUUGUUAUAAUUAUUUGACGUUUCUUUUUUCCCCAUAUAAUGAAAUAACUAUUCCUUCAAUUAAACACUAUUUUAAAUUGAACUCUUUGACAUUCUGGACAAGUGGCCUCAUCUAUCGUUUCUUGGAAUAAUGGGUGACCUCUGGAUUUCUUUCUACUUGUGGAUUUAACUUCAUUGGUUUUUAAUCAUACUCUGUGGUCCCUUAAAAACAUGGAGCUUUUUUGGGGAAUCCAUCUAUUAACAGCUUUUGUUUCAUGUAUUAAGGUUCAUGCCAAAGUGGUGCAUCACCUGAAGCAUCCAGGCCUGCAGGUGUUGUCCACAGCCUCACAUUAUUGGCCUCUUGAUGCUGUGGAUGGGAUCCACGGAUUAUGGGACCAAAUUGGAAACAGACCAGGUUAUGUUAACGGAAAUAAUAUAACUCUCAGAAUCCACAAGCACACUGUGCUCCCUUCCUCCCAUAACACUUCCUAUGUGUAUACCAAUGACUCUGCCUACACUAACAUUUCUGCAACAGUAGAUAUUGUUGAAGGAAUGGUCAACAAUGGCAUUUUCCUGAAUGGAGACAAGGGUGGUACUUUUCUCCACUUCGGAAGUUACCAGAACUCUUGCAUCAGUGACCCGACGCUGUGUGGCCCUGACGGAAUUACCUUCUCCUUUUUUUGGAAGAACUAUGAAGAAGAAUCCCGUUUUGCUGUAGCAUCCGGAGGUAAAGUCAUCUCUAAUGGUUUCUCUGUCUACACCAACCCUCUUGGAGGAUAUGUGGAGUUCUACACUCGAGGCAACAACCACAGAUGGAAAGUCAAUAUCAAAGUUCCAGGGCCUUAUUGGACCCAUAUUCUCUUCACAUGGAAAAAGACAGCAGGUCUGAAGGUGUACAUAAAUGGCACCUUGACUGCUGUCGACGAAACUGGCAGUGUUUCCGAAAACUAUGGUGACCCUUACCCUGACCUCGUCAUUGGAACUGGCAAUGAUAAGGCCUAUGGCCACUAUGUAACAGGGGCCUUUGAUGAGUUUGUCAUUUGGGAAAGAGCUCUUCUGCCCAGUGAGAUCUCUCUCUACUACAGUGCUGCUAUAGGUCAUGCUAUAGUGUCUGCCACAACCCCGAGUGCCUUCAAAGAACCACCUUUCACAACGACAACAGUGAGAGCCGUUGAAGUGAGUCCUCCUGUCGUCAGCAGUACGCAUGAGGAGGUCCUAAGCUUCCAAGAUCCGGAGUCGAUGCCAGUUUUGGCCUUUCUGAAGGCUCUGCCCAAUAGGACCAUUCCUCAUAACACAGCCAGCAACCUCACGCAGGCUUUUCUCAAAAAUGUGGAAGAAGUGCUGUCCUCUCCUGGAUUACCAGAGCAAUUCGGCCCUGUGGUCAGCGGUUUAAUCGAAACAGUGGACCGAGUAAUGGACCACAUGGUGGCUAACUUGGAGCCCAGCCCGAACUCCCUCAUCUCCCUGGGAGGAACAUCAUUCGUUGCAGAUUAUUCUUUGAUGAAAUUUCCCCAGAACUACAAUUUGCCACAUUACCGCUUCCCCAUACAGGGAAAGAACUACAUAUCUGUACCCGGGGAGGCGUUCACCAUGCAGUCUCAAACCACCAUCGUUGGCCUUUUUUACCAUAACAUACACAGCUACUACAAGGAAAUCAGCCCUGUCAAGACCAGGAUUCAUGAAGCUGCUAAUUAUAAGGAUCAUAAAAUCCAGGUAGCAAGCUGCUUAAUCUCUCUGAACGUGGAGCCAUCACCGGCCUUGUCAGUCAACCUCUCCGGGGCACCUCUCAUCAAGAUCGUUCUUACCCACAUCUUGAGUGAAGAACAGAAGGAACAAGUGUUUAAUCAAAGCAAUAAAGUCUUCCUCUACUGCGCCUUCCUGGACUACAGUUCCAAAGAGGGGGUUUGGUCCAAUCAAGGUUGUGUGCGUUCAGAAGGAAACAUGACAUACUCUGUGUGUCUGUGCAAUCACCUCACCAACUUUGCCAUUCUUAUGCAAGUGGUUCCCUUAAAGCUCACCACGGGCCACCGGGUGGCACUGUCAACCAUUGGCUAUGUUGGAUGCUCGAUUUCCAUUUUCUGUCUGGCCAUCACUCUCGUCACAUUUGCAGUCCUGUCGUCAGUGAGUACCAUUCGGAACCAGCGCUACCACAUCCACGCCAACCUUUCUUUUGCCAUCUUGGUGGCAGAGAUCUUGCUGCUCAUCAGUGCCAGCUUCGACCCUGGAACGCUGCCUUGCAAGAUCAUGGCUGUCCUGCUUCACUUCUUCUUUUUGAGCGCAUUUGCUUGGAUGCUCGUGGAGGGCCUCCACCUCUACAGCAUGGUGGUCAAGGUGUUUGGUUCUGAAGGCAGUAAACACAUAUACUACUACGGCAUAGGUUGGGGCUCUCCACUGGUGAUCUGUGUGGUGUCCAUGACUUCAGCAUUGAGCAGUUAUGGCGAGGUUGACAACUGCUGGCUGUCCCUGAAGAAUGGAGCCAUCUGGGCCUUUGUGGCACCAGCUCUGUGUGUCAUUGUGGUAAACGUUGGCAUUUUGAUAUCGGUAACCAGAAUAAUAUCUCGUAUCAGUGGAGAGAAUUACAAAGUUCACGGAGAUGCCAAUGCAGUGAAGCUCACUGCAAAGGCUGUGGCAGUACUUCUACCUAUACUCGGGAUUUCCUGGAUCUUUGGAGUUUUAGCUGUCAACACACACUCCUUGCCAUUCCUUUAUAUAUUUGCAAUUUUCAACUCUCUGCAGGGUUUCUUUGUCUUUCUGUUUCAUUGUCUUCUUAACUCUGAGGUCAGGGCUGCUUUCAAACACAAGACCAAAGUGUGGUCUCUCACCAGCAGCUCCAUGCGAAACAUCAACGUGAAGCCCUUCAACUCUGACAUUAUGAAUGGAAACAAGGACGGUGUAUCCCCCACUAAGAUGAACACAUGGGACAAGAGCACCAACUCGGCCAAUCGCAUUGACCUCUCGGCAGUGUAGACCACCGCAAUGUCAGUGUGCGGACACCAGUGUAGAAUGACACGCAAUGACCUGAAUAUUUCCACACUAUUUCAUAUGAUUAACCGUCACCUCAGUAGAGUGAAAGGGAUGCCAAAUGGGGUGAUCUGUUGCUCCAAAUCCACUCUAAUAACUGCACCUUAUUAGUGUCUCAUUAAUGACAUAUUGUGUUCCCGCAGAUCGGGGUCGAGAUUUCGGAGGUCAGUGUGGUCACAGUGUUAUAGCAUUAUUCAGUCUCUGACUACGAUGCUCUGUGCAGCAGAGUGUCUUUUAUGUAGACUUGUCUAUUUGUUCACAACAGUUCAUUUGGCUCAAGUUUAUUUAAUUUGCAGAUGUCUGUUGUCUCGCAGAAUACGAUCUCCUGCUUUGAAAGGCAUUACCUUGGUCAGACAACAACAGGGAAAGUGACCUAACUUCCUUUGAGUUUAGCUCCAUGCCUUCAAAACAAUAAAUAGCACAUAGCCUUUGGAGAUGUCACAACACAGUCAACUGCAUAAUAACACACCAUGAGGCUGCAGUAAAAUGAACUCUGUGUUAUUCUGAUAUGAUGUAUUUAUUUUGUGAUAUGAGGAUCUGUUUCAUGUCUUUUAUGAUGUGUAGCAGCUGAACAGCGAGCUGUCUGUGUGUGUUUUGUUUCCUCUUUUGAAAUGAGUUGACUGGUAUUUAACAAUACCUCACAUCUUGGCAAGAUGCAGUAUGGUAUGUUCUCUUCAGAAUAACGAAUACUUGUGUGUUUUGAACACUGUUCUGUGAAGUUUUACAGUGUGUUUUCAGUAUUUCUCGAGCGAUAUUUCAUACUUUUUGUACAUUGAGGCUGAAAUGUUAUGUAAAACAGGCAGCACGGUGGUCGACUACCGGUAGUUAGCACAUCCACCCAAACGUUCUGAGGUCGUGAGUUUGAAUCCGGACUCCGGCCUUCCUUUGUGGAGUUUGCCUGUUCUCCCUGUUCUUGUGUGGGUUUUCUCCGGGUACUCCG